AUGAGUUGGACAGUAGUACAUUUCAUCGAAGAAAAGUCGGUAGAGGCUGUUCCAACAUCGUGGAUACAUGGUGAAACUUGUUAUUGGCCACCAUUUAUUGGUUCAAAAUUGGCAAAUUGCAUUAAUAAUUGCGAAAAACCCAUGCUAAAUACUUGGACGCUCCAUAAAAUCAGGGAACUUGGCAAUGGACAUACUUAUGACACUUUACACAAAGCAAAAGGAAAAGCUGCAAUAGCAGAAGAAACAUCUGAUUUGACAUCUGAUUAUGAAUUUGCAAAAAGAAAUCGUAAGAGGAAAAGACAUUUUGGCGAUGAGGAUGAUUCACCAUCUAAUAGUUCGUCCGAAGAUAAAAUAACAUCGAAUUUAAAACUACCAGAACCACCAAAAAAAAGAGGUAAUCUAAAAUCUGUCAUUACACUUCUUAUUCCUCUGUUAAAUAAUUUUUCAAAUUUUGAUUUCCAACAGCAAGUUUUACGACAAUUAAAUUCGAUAAAUUUUCGAAUUCAACAAAUGUCGCAAGAUAUAAAUGCUUUGAUGGGAAAUAUUAAUGCUAAAGAUGAUAAUCAAUUGUCGAUGGAACCAGAUAAUAUAAUUUUGAAUAAAUUUGUAUUUCCUUUAAAAACGGAAGCAGACAUGCAUGAAUUGGAAGAAUAUUUAAAAAACAAAGAACACGCAAAUCAAUUUAUUACAGAACUGCUAAAAAUAGGGGGAUUGUCAUACAAAAAUAUGACUAGAAGAAUUCUCCAAAAAUUAUUUUCGGAUAAUAUUGCUCAGACGUACAGUUGGGUUGGCUUUAAAGGAAAAAAAAAUUUUUCAAUACUUUGUGUUACAUCCACAAUUUUAACUGCAGUACAAAAAGCCCAUACAACCUCACUUGCAGAGAUUGAAAAAGUAAUUAAAAUAUGGCUAGUCAAAGCAAAGGAAAGACAUUUAAAAAAGCCAAGGCUGACUAUUUAGUUGUAAUGUUGUAAUGCAAAGCAGCCUCCAGAUACAAAUUGCGACACCAAUGAAUUUUUUAAAUUUAAUUUUUAAUAUUUUUCUCGAAUGGGCUGUUUUCCAGUUCACACAUUACACUGUUUCUAUUAUGUAAGUUUUUGU